UGCCACACUUCCUACAUCAAAGUGAUCGAUUUUUUCGGGCUCAUGGAAUUUCGAGAGAGGAGGAAAUAUGUCUCCAGAAUUCAGGUGACUGCGGAUUUGUGGAAAUUCAUCUUCAAAGAGCUACAAAGCGAAUCCAUGUUGACAGAUGAUACUGGAGUUUCGAAGAUUAUGUCGUUAAAAAAAGGCGACUGGAUUCUCAGGUACGUCAAGGUUCCUUUUAGUGAAUUGAUCAAUAAUUACAUAACCGAGGUCGAUUACGAUGGGAGCCUUCUGUUGUGGCACAUUGCAACAGAACUCUGCUACAAUGUUGAUAAAUUAUGUGAUCAAACAAAUAACCGUCUCCGAGAAACUAGCAAGACGUUGUCGGAAUACAUGUUGAAUCUUAUCCGUGUGCAACCUACGCUGAUGUCCUCCGUGGCGGGUAUCGCGAAAAUGCGUUUCGGAGAUACUUUAGCCGAGGCGCACAGAUUCUUCGCCGGUCGAAUAGAAGGAGGAUCGCUGGACUUUGAAGAUGCCUGUACAAGACUUCUUAAGGUGGAUACGGAGGAUUAUAAGCCUGCGACUGUGAAGGGGAAGAAGAGCAAGUCGGUGCUGUUCGAUGCGUGUGUUCUGGCCAAAGAGCUGAGGAAUAUGGAGGAGAAAAAUAGGUGGGAAUUUGUGAGCAAAAUAUGGGUUGGAUUGUUGUCGUACGCUGCUUGCCGGUGCAGACCAAGUCCACAUCUCGAUUUGCUCGGGAAAGGUGGAGAGCUUAUUACGUAUGUUUGGUUGUUGAUGGCUCAUUUUGGGGUAGGGAAGCAGUUGUAUGUGACUGAGGACCAUGCCACGGCAAAGUUGAUUGUGGACAUGUAAACAACAUUGUCUGAAAAAGUUGUUAGCCAAU